GAAGCGCGUGACGGAGGAGCGGUUGGCUAUGCUACGGCGGCAAUCGGUGUAAACAACGGUCCGCACCGCCGCGUCCGGCAACUGUUCCUGGCUGAAGUUGACAGGAAGAGUCCCUGCACAGGUCCUAAGGAUGCUGUGAGAAAAGAUGGGAUCACGGAACAGCAGCAGUGCAGGAUCCGGGUCCGGAGACCCCUCUGAGGGCUUGCCUCGAAGAGGGGCUGGCCUACGAAGGAGUGAAGAAGAGGAAGAGGAGGAUGAAGAUGUGGAUCUGGCCCAGGUACUGGCCUAUCUCCUCCGCAGAGGCCAAGUGAGAUUGGUGCAGGGUGGAGAUGCAGCAAAUUUACAACUCAUCCAGGCCCUCUCUGACUCAGAGGAAGAACAUGACAGUGCCUGGGAUGGUCUACUGGGGGACCGAUACAACCCACCUGUGGAUGCAAUCCCUGAUACCCGGGAUCUGGAAUACAAUGAGAUCAAGACACAAGUAGAAUUGGCCACAGGACGCCUGGGGCUUAGACGGGCAGCCCAGGAGCACGGCUUUCCUCAAAUGCUGCACCAGAGAGAACGGGGCCUCUGCCACCAAGGAAGCUUCUCCCUUGGAGAACAGUCUCGAAUGAUGUCUCACUUCUUGCCCAAUGAUCUGGGCUUCACUGAUACUUACUCUCAGAAGGCUUUCUGUGGCAUCUACAGCAAAGAUGGUCAGAUCUUCAUGUCUGCUUGCCAAGACCAGACAAUCCGACUGUAUGACUGCCGGUAUGGCCGCUUUCAUAAAUUCAAGAGUAUCAAGGCCCGAGAUGUAGGCUGGAGCAUCCUGGAUGUGGCCUUCACCCCUGAUGGGAACCACUUCCUGUAUUCCAGUUGGUCUGAUUAUAUUCAUAUCUGCAACAUCUACGGGGAGGGAGACACACACACUGCCCUGGAUCUAAGGCCAGAUGAGCGUCGCUUUGCUGUCUUCUCCAUUGCUGUCUCCUCAGAUGGACGAGAAGUGCUAGGAGGGGCCAAUAAUGGCUGCUUGUAUGUCUUUGACCGAGAACAGAACCGGCGCACUCUUCAGAUUGAGUCCCAUGAGGACGAUGUGAAUGCAGUGGCCUUUGCUGACAUAAGCUCCCAGAUCCUGUUCUCUGGGGGAGAUGAUGCUAUCUGUAAAGUGUGGGAUCGACGCACCAUGCGGGAAGAUGAUCCCAAGCCUGUGGGUGCACUGGCUGGACACCAGGAUGGCAUCACCUUCAUUGACAGCAAGGGCGAUGCCCGGUAUCUCAUCUCCAACUCCAAAGACCAGACCAUCAAGCUCUGGGACAUCCGGCGCUUUUCCAGCCAGGAAGGCAUGGAAGCCUCACGCCAAGCUGCCACACAGCAAAACUGGGACUACCGCUGGCAGCAGGUGCCUAAAAAAGCCUGGCUGAAGCUCCCAGGGGACAGUUCCUUGAUGACCUACCGGGGCCACGGGGUGCUGCUUACCCUCAUCCGCUGCCGGUUUUCCCCCAUCCACAGCACUGGACAGCAGUUCAUCUACAGUGGCUGCUCCACUGGGAAAGUGGUUGUGUACGACCUUCUCAGUGGCCACAUUGUGAAGAAGCUGACCAACCACAAAGCCUGUGUGCGUGACGUCAGUUGGCACCCUUUUGAGGAGAAGAUUGUCAGCAGUUCGUGGGACGGGAACCUGCGUCUAUGGCAGUACCGCCAGGCUGAGUACUUCCAGGAUGACAUGCCAGAAUCCGAGGAACGCCCCAGUGCCCCUGUCCCAACACCCCACCCCUCUGUAGCCUUUUCCUCUCCCCAGUAGAUCUGAUCUCCAGCCCCAUACAUGGAUGAGCCUGUUGACAAACUUUCUGCCUCCUCCUCCCUUUCUAAGGGAUGUUUGGAGGAAUUGCUGGCAAUGGACUGAGAGAAACAGAAAGCACAGACUUCUGGAUCCCAGCUGAG